AUGUUACAGAAGUAUGGCCAAAUUAUUUCAGAACAAGAAAAUCGAGGCUUUAUCGAGAGAGUUACAGACGACAAUAUAGAUAAAAGAGUUCACUACAUCCCACAUCACGGUGUGAAAAAAGAUUCAGCCACCACCCCAAUCCGAAUAGUAUAUGACUGUAGUUGCCGCCAAAAUAAAGAUUCCCCUAGUCUGAACGAUUGUUUAGAAUCAACACCCCCGGAAUUAAAUGACUUAACCAAUAUACUUAUGAGAUUUCGCUUACACAGAUUUGCUGUCUCGACAGACAUUGAGAAGGCAUUCCUGCACGUGCAACUUGACGAAAGAGAUCGUGACGUCACCCGGUUCCUGUGGUUAAGUGACAGUACCAAUCCAGAUAGUAAUUUGGUAACUUACAGGUUCAAAUCUAUACUCUUUGGAGCUACAUGUUCACCGUUUAUCCUACAAGCUACACUUAUGAAGCACCUUGAUAACAACAACAACAAAUGGGUGAGUGAAAUACUGAAAAAAGAUUUAUAUGUAGACAAUGUUAUCUCUAGUUUUCCGGAUGAAAGCACGGUUAUUAAAUAUUAUCACGAUACAAGAGACCUGAUGUCAUCUGCUGGCUUUAAUCUGCGUUCCUGGAAUUCAAACAGCUGUCAUUUGCGCGCGCUUUCCAAAGCAGACGAUAUACAUGAUUCAGACGAAAUUACGAAGAUUCUAGGCAUGAGAUGGGACGCUAUUAAUGACCAAAUAUUUUUGAACCAGAGAUCUAUAAAUAGGCUAAAUCCGAUGACAAAACGCACCAUACUCCAAGAAACAGCGAAAUUGUAUGAUCCUCUUGGAUUCUUCAACCCAAUAACGAUAAGAGGUAAGCUCCUACUACAAGUCAAAUGGAAAGAGAAUUACGAAUGGGACGCUCCACUUCCGGAAGCCAUACAGACACAGUGGCAGAAUAUAGCAGAAGAUAUCAAUGGUACAAUUACGAACAAAUUUCAAAGAUACUACUUUGAUAAAGCAGACAUAAAAAUCACUUCCGGUAAUGUAGGGAACCAGACAGAACUAGCAGAUGAUACAAUUUCCCUUCAUGUAUUUUGCGAUGCAAGUCUACAAGCCUAUGGAUCAGUGGCAUACAUCGUCAAAGGCAAACAGUCUACAUUGGUCAUGUCGAAAACUCGUGUUUCACCACUUAAGCAAUUGACACUACCGAAACUCGAACUUAUGGCUGCGGUUAUUGGAGCCCGUCUUACAAAACACGUGUUAAAGUCUAUACCAGCACAUUCAGUCUACCUAUGGUCUGACAGCCAAAUAGUUCUUCAUUGGUUAGCGACUAAUCGGAAGUGGAAGACAUUUAUACAAAACAGGGUAAUGGACAUUCACGAAAUAACAGAGAACCGGAAGUGGAGGUAUUGUCCAACAGACCAGAAUCCGGCCGACCUAUUAACAAGAGGUUUGUCAGCCAAGGAAUACCAGAAAAGCAAAUUAUGGAAUAAUGGACCAAAAUGGCUUCAUGACAUUAAUAGUUGGCCUAGCUGGCAAGCAAAUGACAAUGCCAUUUUGUUCACAACAACCGAAAAUAAAGAAGAUGAUUUAAACCAUGAAAGGUGUUCGAACCUUACACAGCCCUCUCAAGGAAUUCACCAACUCAGUGAUGUUGAUAAAUUCAGUCGCUAUAAGAAGCUACUCAGAGUGACUGCCUAUGUGAAACGUUUUAUCCAUAAUUGUCACACAAGAAACAGAGCCAGAAGAGUGUCAAGACUCGAACCUUUAACCGUUCAAGAGUUACAAGAGGCUGAACGACUGUGGCUACAUAACACCCAGUUCUUGAAGUAUCAGGCUGAGAUCAAUAAUCUGAAAUCAAAUGGUAAACGACUUACUCUAGUGAAACAUUUACGACUUUUCCUGGAUGAAGAUGGAUUUCUACGAUGUGGCGGGAGAAUCCACAAUGCACCAGUAACAGAAUUCACCAGAUUUCCAUACUUACUUCCCGCAAAACAUCCUUUCACACGGUUAGUAGUUUUAGACGCACAUGAGAACCAACUUCACGCAGGCGCAAGUGCAUUGAUCACACAUUUACGACAGAGAUACUGGAUACCAUCUAUCCGUCAGUAUAUACAAAGCCUUCUCCGGAAAUGCGUUCAAUGUCGAAUGGUAACAGGCAAACCAUAUACAGCACCAGAUCCACCACCCCUACCAAAAAUUAGAGUACAAGAUACAUCUCCAUUUACAGUCACCGGGGUUGAUUUCUCGGGAGCACUGUAUGUACGAAGCAAUUCUAGAAUUGAGCAUAAGGCUUAUAUUUGUCUAUUUACGUGCGCUUCAACAAGAGCCGUCCAUCUCGAGCUGGUACCAGAUUUAUCAGAGGAAACCUUCAUCCAAGCGUUUAGAAGAUUUACUAGUCGAAAAUCCCAUAUCAGACAACGCAACAACAUUUAA